AUGCAGUACACUUUAUAAGAGAAUAAAGCUUUAGCUGAAAUCUUUAAUUAAGUAAAAGAUGUAGAUAAACAUAUCUUUUGUGUCAUAUUUAAAAUAUUACGAAAGGAAAAAGUUUAAGAUUGCAUUGCAUAUCUUUCAGAUAAUGAGAAUCAAAGACAAUUAGAGUAAUAAAUCCAACAAUUAGGAGAGAAUUUAUCGAAAGCUGAUACAGAAUAAAAAUUGUCUGUUGUUAGAUAUGACAUGAAAUAAAUUACAGAUGUCUUAAAAAAAUUAAAAAAUCAUGACUUAAAUAAGAAAGAUUUUUCUUCUGAAGAAAACGAAUAAUCUAUAUUAAGUCUUAUUAGUAGCAUAAAGCAUAAUAGAUAGAUCAUAGAAUUUUUGUAAUUUUUAGUUUACCUCACAUCUAUUGAUAACACUUUAAUUUAAUGUGGGUCUAAUUCAUUAUAUUUAUUAGUUUAGCUGAAGGUAGACCUUAGAAACAAAAAUUUUGAAAAUAUUAAAAUCUAAAAUACUUCUUUAGUAGGAGCUAAUUUAGUUCGAUGUAAUUUAAGUGGAUCAGAAUUAGAAAAUGUUAACAUAAAUGGGAUCAAUCUGAAUGGUGCAUUAUUAUUGAAUUGUAGAUGGAACAAAUUAAGAAUCCACGAAUUAAUUAAACUAAAUGGUCAUGAUCAUAGAGUGAAUUCAGUCUGUUUUUCUCCUGAUGGAUAUACAUUAGCUUCUGGAAGUGAUGAUAACACUAUCAGACUAUGGGAUGUCAAAUCAGGAAAAUAAUAAGCCAAAUUGGAUGGACAUGCUGGAAAAAUUAUGUCAGUCUGUUUUUCUCCUGAUGGACAUACAUUAGCUGCUGGAAGUUGGGAUAACUCUAUCUGUUUAUGGGAUGUCAAAAUAAAGAAAAAAAUAAUCAAAUUGGUUGGUCAUACUGACACUGUCUAAUCAGUCUGCUUCUCACCUGAUGGGAAUAUAUUAGCUUCUGGUAGUGGUGAUAGGUCUAUCUGUCUAUGGGAUGUUAAAACAGGAUAAUAAAUAGCCAAAUUGGAUGGUCAUAGUGAUGAUGUUAGAUCAGUCUGUUUUUCUCCUGAUGGGAAUAUAUUAGCUUCUGGUAGUGAUGAUAACUCUAUCCGUCUAUGGGAUGUCAAAUCAGGAAAAUAAAAAGCCAAAUUCGAUGUUCAUAUUAAUCGAAUAUUAUCAGUCUGUUUCUCCCCUGAUGGAAAUAAAUUAGCUUCUGGUAGUGGUGAUAAGUCUAUCCGUCUAUGGGAUACUAAAAUAGGAUAAUAAAAAGCCAAAUUAGUUGGCCAUAGUGAUUAUGUUAGAUCAGUCUGUUUCUCACCUGAUGGGAAUAUAUUAGCUUCUGGUAGUGAUGAUAACUCUAUCCGUCUAUGGGAUGUCAAAACAGGAUAAUAAAAAGCCAUAAUAGAUGAUCAUACGAAUAUUGUCUCAUCAGUCUGUUUCUCACCUGAUGGAAAUACCUUAGCUUCAGGUAGUUUUGAUAUGUCUAUCAGUUUAUUGGAUGUUAAAACAAGAUAAUAAAAAGCCAAAUUUGACGGUCAUAAUAGCGAAAUCUUGUCAGUCUCUUUCUCUCCUGAUGGAAAUACAUUAGCUUCAGGUAGUGAUGAUAAGUCUAUCCGUCUAUGGGAUGCUAAAACAGGAUAAUAAAAAGCCUAAUUGGACGGUCAUGAGAAUUGGGUAAUGUCAGUCUGUUUCUCUCCUGAUGGAAAAAUAUUAGCAUCUGGUAGUAAUGAUUAAUCUAUUCGUCUAUGGGAUAUCAAAACAGGAUAAUAAAAAGCCAAAUUAGAUGGUCAUACUAAUGGAAUCUUUUCAGUCUGUUUCUCUCCUGUCGAAAAUACAUUAGCUUCCGGUAGCUAUGAUAAGUCUAUCCGUCUUUGGGAUGUCAAAACCGAAUAAUAAAAAGCCAAGUUGGAUGGUCAUGGAGGAACUGUAUGGUCAGUCUGUUUCUCACCUGAUGGAAAUACAUUAGCUUCAGGUAGUGAUGAUAAGUGUAUCCGUCUAUGGGAUGCUAAAACAGGAUAAUAAAAAGCCAAAUUGGAUGGACAUGCUGGAGAAAUUAUGUCAGUCUGUUUCUCUCCUGAUGGAAAUACAUUAGCUUCUGGUAGUUGGGAUAACUCUAUCCGUCUUUGGGAUGUCAAAACAGGAUAAUAAAAAGCCAAAUUGGAUGGACAUGCUAGAGAAAUUAUGUCAGUCUGUUUCUCUCCUGAUGGAAAUACAAUAGCUUCUGGUAGUUAUGAUAAAUCUAUUCGUCUUUGGGAUGUCAAAUCAGAAUAAUAAAAAGCAUAAUUGGAUGGACAUAGUGAUUAUGUUAAAUCAGUCUGUUUUUCUCCUAAUGCAAAUACAUUAUCUUCUGGUAGUGGUGAUAAAUCUAUCCGUCUUUGGGCUGUCAAUACAAGAUAAUAAAAAGACAAAUUAGAUGGUCAAACUGAUGGAAUUAUAUCAGUCUGUUUCUCACCUGAUGGAAAUACAUUAGCAUCUGGUAGUUAUGAUCAUUCUAUUCGAUUAUGGGAUGUUAAGAAUGGAAAAGAAUUUUUACCCAAUGAUAAAAUUUAUAAGGAUAUUCUUACUAACUUUAAAGCAUCACCAUUUUAGAACAAUCCUCUAUCAGGUAUUCAUUUAUUAUCAUAGUUUAGUUAUCAGCACUUAUAUAACAACACUCCUUAUAUCUCAAUAACAAAAAAUCUAAGCCUAAGGAGCUCUAAUAUUGAAAGGAGAAUUUAUUAAUCAAUCUGGUAUUGAUAUAAAGACCUUUUUAAAACAAAAAGGAAGUUGCUUUUUAGAAAAUUUUAAGUAAGAGAGAUCUUGA